UCGCUCCCUGGCCACACACCAUGACGUUCCAGUCACCAGCACUGGAGUCCAACGACACAGCAUCCGACCCGUUUGCCGCCAGCGCAAAAGCAACACGCUCGCCCAACGCAUGGCGCCGCAGUCACCGGCAAGCAGCCAUUGAUUUCCGCAAACGCUGGAAAGGCUGUGGAAUCUGGUUGCUCGCCACAAUCUGGUUCGGCGGGCUACUGUACGGGCUCAGCACAUUGAGUUCGACCGGCAGGCUAUAUCUCGGUGACUAUCGAGCUUGUCUUCCCGAUGGAUCCUUUUCGGUAGAUCCUUCGUCAUACCGCUAUUUCUCUCGCUCAGGCUUCUCCGAGAUUACGUUGGCGUACGGGCCGUUGACGUUUACGCAAGCAAAAGUUAUCGAUGUAGCAUGGGGCAUUGUAGUUGGACGCGUAGGCCAAGCUAUCCUCGUGUACACAUCAUGGUGCGUUUUCGCAAACUAUGUCACAACAUCCAUGGAAGUUACGCCCGUCACCUUCAGAACGUACCGCGCCAUUUUCAUGCGAACCUCUGUGCCAAAGGCGAUUCCCCACCUGGUCAUGGAUUUUUGCACUCGCCAUGGAUUGCAUUCGAAACUGGCCAUGGUGUUUAUGAUCUACGCCAUGGUGUUUACGCUGAUUUAUCCCACGCUCGCUGGCGCCAUGGCCGGGUACAAAGCCAACGUCGUUGCGUUUGUCAACACGACCAACGGCAACCUUGUGCCAUUCGCCUCCAUGGACUAUGCGUUUUUCGUCAUCCACGACGGCGAGAGAAUCGGGCAGGGGGGCGACUAUCUCGUGACGGAUUCUGCGGUUCCAGAUGCUUUUUCUUCAGGCCAGCCCACCGUAUUCAAGACGAGCAUCGGAACCACCAAAUGCUUCAGUACGCGUGCUCCAGGAUACCAAGCCGAAGACUGCUACGUGCAAUCCAACGUAUCAAGCUACGUCAGCAAGUACGGUCUCAAUGGGAAAUCCAACGUCAACUCAACCUUCAUGGGCAUUGAUCUCGCACCCCCGGUCCUCAACAUCUCCACUUUCUACCUCUCAUCCGACGCAUCCACCAACGCACUCCUCCUGACGCCCAAGCAAAACACAGCAGCAACAACAACAACAAAGCCUGCAUUCGCAGAUGUCGCACAGCUCCGCUGGGCCUACGCCAACACGACGUACACGCGCGCCGCCAUAUCAGAGCGGGGCACGUGCCAGGCGGUUCCGAAUUACCAGUGGGGCUUUGCCUUUGUGCAGCUGUUCGUCGUGCUGGUUCUGAGUGUGGUCUGGUCGGUAGGGAUAUACGCCAUGUGGCUGAGUGCACACAGCACCAUGAAGCGGCGCGGCAGGACGCAUGUGGCGGGCGACCAUGUUGCGGUGCUGGAGCUGGCGGAUGCCAUGCGCAGCCAGGGUGUGCAUGAUACUCAUACUGAUACUUAUGAGGGAAAGGCCAAGGGCGACGUCACUACUACUGCUAGUACGACGAGCGUGCAAACUACUCCUGCGUUUACCGAAGAAGCGCUGCGGCACCGCGUCACCGUCGAGUUACGCGGCGGCUCGAUUUCGUAUGCAGCGCCACUGCUCUCCCACGGCGAGGCAGCCCGGGAAUGGGGCGGCGUCCCCACGUGGCUCAACAGACACAAGUGGUCUAUUCUGGGUAUGCUGGUGUGUAUCGGGGCGUCGGUUACGAGCGCCGUCAUGCUGGCGAGAGACAUUAUGAUUCUUAUACCGUUGCCGCUGCAGCUGGGGACUGCGCUGUACAUUGGGUCGACGAGGGGAAGCCGGGCUGUUGUGCUGUAUUGGGCUAUUCUUCUUUUUGGUAUUAUACCCCAGGUCGUGGCCAUUGUGCUGUUGGUGACGUAUAGGAAAGGGUAGAGAGACGCUGGGAGUAGAUGUGUGUGAGUGUGGUGAAUGUACUAUUACUGGUCUAUCAUAAUCUGGUAGAAUGUUAAUUUUGGUGCAGCGUAUGGAUGCGUGCAGCAUUCUACGUGGAACAAAUAGGGAAAUAGAUUUUCAAUCGAUAAUAGCAGAUCGAAAGUGACAUAAGCCCCCAC